AUGUCCACCCACUCUGCAACCUCCUCCUUCCUCCGCUCCCGCCUCUUCUCCUUCGGCUCAAACACCUCGCCCUCCCUCCAGCAGCCCUCCGCCUACACCGCCCUCGACCGCGCCGCCCACCCCGACGACACCAUCCUCGGCGCACCCCGUCGCUCCGGCUCCCCCGCUCAUCUCCACGCCCGCAACCCCCAUCGCCAGGAGUACGGCGCGCUCGCGUCCUCCCAGUCGCUCUCCUCAUGCGCGACCCAGGUCAACGAGAAAGACGAGCCCUCGCCCGACCCGCGCCUCUUCUCCCACCGCCGCCGCGACCGCUUCCGCGCAAAGUCCGUCUACUACGUCAAAUACUACCUCCCCAUCCUCACCUGGCUGCCAAACUACUCCUUCAAGGCCGCCCUCGCCGGUGACAUCAUCGCCGGUCUCACCGUCGCCUCCUUCAACAUCCCGCUCUCGCUCUCCUACGCGCGCACCCUCAUCGGCGUCCCCGAGCGCUACGGUCUCCUAGGCUUUGCCUUCCCCCAGCUCGUCUACGCCUUCAUGGGCACCGUCCCCGUCAUGAUCACCGGCCCCGAGCCCGCCAUCUCCGUCAUGAUCGGCCAGGCCAUCUCGCCCAUGGUCAUGGCCGGCAACCCCUCCUUCGAGGAGCGCGAGCGCCGCGCAAUCAUGUACAACGGCCUCAUCACCUCUCUCUUUGCCAUCAUCUACCUCGUCAUGGGCUUCCUCCGUCUCGGCUUUGUCGACUCCCUCCUCUCCCAGGGUCUCCUGCGCGGCUUCAUCACCGCCGUCGGUAUCAUCCUCACCUUCGACACCCUCAUCCAGGCCCUCGGUCUCUCCGCGCUCGCGGCAGCCCAAAACGUCGGUGCGGGGUCCGGAGGCGUCAAGCUUGCCUUCAUCCUCACAAACUUGAAGAACACGCACGGCCUCACCGCCGCUAUCGCCUUCAUCUCCUUCGGCCUCAUCAUGUUCUUCCGCAUCAGUCGCAAGUACUACGGCAAGCGCUUCCCCAUCCUCGUCUACAUCCCCGACAUCUUCCUGAUUGUCAUCUUCUCAAUCAUCAUGUCCUGGAAACUCGACUGGUACGGCAAGGGCGCAGACAUCGUGGGUGCCGUCGAGCGCCCGGACAUCCAGCUCAUGUCGCCGCUCAACUCGGACACCUUCCCGCGCGUGACCGAAGUCGCUUCGUCCGCGUUCGUCAUCGCGCUCCUGGGUUUCUUCCAAUCUGCUGCGAUCGCCAAAAACAUCUUCCCGGACCCGCCGACCGACUCGCGCGUCGCGCCGCCCAAGAACCCCACCAUCUCGAUGAACCGCGAGCUCGUCGCGCUCGGAACCGCAAACUUGCUCGGAAUGUUUAUGUUUUCGCUCCCAGUCAUCGGUGGCUUUGGCCGCAGCAAGGCAAACAAGUUUGCCGGCGCGCGCACGCAGCUCUCCUCCAUCAUCUUUGCGUUUUCGACAAUCAUCGUCACCUUCACCCUCUUGCCGUCAAUCUACUACCUCCCGCGCGCGACGCUCGCGUCCGUGCUCGGUCUGAUCUGCGUCGGUCUGCUCGAGGACUUCCCGAGUGAUGUGAUUGGCUACUUCAAGAUGCACGCCUGGGGCGAUUUCUCGAUCGUCAUGAUUAUGAUUGCCGUGACGCUCGGGAUCUCGCUGCAGAUUGGAAUCUCGGUCGGAAUCGUGAUUUCGCUCGUGCAGAUCCUGCGCCACGCCACGCGUACGCGCAUCCAGGUUCUCGCGCGCGUGCCGGGGACGACCGACACGUUCCGCAACGCGGACAUUCCCUCGUACGAUGUCCCCGACGAAGCGCUCGACUCGCUCGAGCACCUGCACAACGUGCUUCUGGUGAAGAUCACGGAGCCGCUGACGUUUGCCAACUGCGGCGAGCUGCAGAACCGGCUGCGUCGGCUUGAGCGGUACGGCACGAUGCGGAUGCACCCUUCGCUUCCGGCGAUGCGCAGGGGUGAUCAGAACGUUGUGUUUGAUCUCGAGGGGAUGACUGCGUGCGACACGUCUGCGAUCAAGGUCCUGCUCUCGAUCGUGGAGGCGUAUCGCUCGAAAGGCAAGUUUGUGCUUUUUGCGCGGAUACCGGCGACGAAGAAGAUGAUGCUUCUGUUCAAGCGGUCGGGACUGUCUGUCCUGCUUUCGUACAACGGCCAUCCUCCUGCGUACUUUACGAGCAUUCACGAGGCGCUCGAGGCGCUGGACGAGUGUAUUUUCGAGACGCCGGGGACGUGGACGCCUGAGGAUGAAGACCGCGAGAUCGAGGCGAUGCCGGAUGAGGAGCCUGAGCAGAUCGAGGAGGAUAGUAUUGCGACUGAUAUCGAAGGGUCGACGUCGGGAGACGAGACGAUUGACGAGAAGACGCAUCUGAAGCGUGAGAUGGUCUAA